AUGUCAUCAUUAAAAAAUUAUUUUGUCAAUUUAAAUAUAUUUCAAUCAUCUGAUGACUCAACAACAGAUGAAGAAAAAGAACAUGAACGUCGAUCAAAUAUUAUUUCAACUCGAAUCUUUUUUAUUGUUUUUAUCAUCGUUCUAUUUGAACUCGCUAUUAUUAUGAAAACAAGAAAUCGAAAUACACUUAUAACAGUUGAAAAUCCAAGUGAAGAUCAAUUCAAAAAUUUACCAUCGGAUACUCAUUGUCCAUGUUCUCAUAUAUCAUUAUCUAAUGGAGAGUUUAUUUCAAUUCAAACUCGAUUUCAUCAGAUAUGUUCAAGUGAUUUUAUAUCUGAUCAAUGGAUUAAAACAAUUAAUUUUGGUUUAAAUACAACGUAUUUUUCCGCUUAUGACUUUCGAACAGAAGGAAGUGCAAUAUUUCAAUCACUUGAAAGUUUUUGUCGACUUUCAAAAGGUUAUGCUAUUCAAAGUAUUGAUUCAUUUAAUAAAGAUUUAUUUAUAAGUCAAGAAGUUUUAAAAGAAUCUGUAUUUCAAUCACAAAUAAAUGCUAUUAUUCAACAGUUUGAAUUAUCAUCACCUAUUGAAUUCUCAACACAAGUAGCAUUAAUAAGAAAAAUGAUAGCCGGAAAUCGUUUUCUAUCUGCUCUUCAGACUAAUUAUAUGCAAUGGUAUAUGCCUUGGCAGAACAAUGUAAUUCUAAUUGUGGUACAUAAUCGAGUUUUCCUGGAUGUACAGGAUUCCUCAUCAUGUUCUUGUCGGAUCCAUAUUGAUUGUAACAUAGAAUUAAUGAUGUUUAAUCAAUUCAGACAAUCCGAUGUUGAGUACCUUCCGCCUGAUGAUAAAAUAUUAAUGAAAAUUCCUGGAAUAUCGCAUAGCUGUUUACCAGUAAAUACAAUUCUUCUCUCAACAUUAGAAUGUUUUUCCAAUCAAACAUGUUUAAAUAAUCUUGUUUCAUUAUUACCGACGACUGCAAAUUUUACAGUAAUUUCAGAAUUGGAACAAAGUCGUUACAAGUUAAAUUCAACAAUACAAACAAUUAUCGAUAAUUUAAUGAUUGAAGAAUCGAUGACCGAUAUUUAUUAUAAGAAAUAUUAUGAACAAUGUGCUCCUAUUUCAUGUACUUAUUUUAAGAAUGAUAAGUAUGAUUGGAAAUUUGUACUGACACAAUUAAUUGGUUUAUUAGCAAGUAUAAUAACGGUAUGUAGUUUUAUUAUACAAAAAAUAGUUCAAUUUGUUCGACGACGACCAUGUCAAAAUACAGAAUCAAUAUCUUGUAAGUUUAGUUGUUUGAUUUAUUAA